AUGGCCAACAAAUUGGAUGGAAUCAUUCUAGAGAAAUAUAGAGAGAUACCUUUAUAUAAAGAAUUAAACUAUGAUAUCUUAACCUCAAUGCUGACCAUUAAUACACCAGGGAGAGAAAAAAUAGCAAAAUUAGAAUACUGCGAAGCAAUGAUUCAAGAAGUUGGACUUGCAAUACAACAGAAUGAGGCCGAUUGGAAAGAUGCCAAAGUUUUUAACCCUGAUCGUUUCCGUGGUUCUGAUAGAACCAUCAAGGAAAAUAGCUUAAUGAUUUUGGUGACGGAUUGA